GUUGAAAGAUAACACCGGAAGCACUUGCGGCUAGUCCAGGUAGUUAGCUCCUGUUAGCUCGCAGACCCGCAGAGAAGAUGGCGGCGCUACGAGUCGCGGUGCUAUCGGGGAGUGGGAGAGCUCUCCUCAGUACACCAAAACUUAUCAAGACCCCAAAGGCCAACAUGUCCUUCGCCAGCCUGCCGCGGAACAAGAAAGUUGCCCUGACGACACUAGGUGUGCUGACAGCUGGCGGGGCAGGACUCGCUCUCGCUCUGCACCAAGCUGUCAAAGCCUCCGACCUUGAGCUCCACCCCCCUCAGUACCCAUGGAGCCACUCUGGACCUCUGUCCUCCCUAGACCAUGCAAGUGUUCGUCGUGGUUACCAGGUAUACAAACAAGUGUGUGCUGCCUGCCACAGCAUGGAGUACCUGGCUUUCAGAAACCUGGUGGGAGUUUCACACACCGAGGCUGAAGUCAAGGCCCUUGCUGAAGAGGUUGAGGUAGUGGACGGUCCUGACGAGUCAGGAGAGAUGUUCACUCGACCAGGAAAGUUGUCUGACUACUUCCCCAAGCCCUACUCCAACCCUGAGGCAGCCAGGGCCGCCAAUAACGGAGCCCUGCCUCCAGACCUCAGCUACAUUGUCAAUGCCAGACAUGGAGGAGAGGACUAUGUGUUCAGUCUGCUGACAGGAUACUGUGAGCCACCUGGAGGAGUUUCUGUGAGAGAGGGACUCUACUACAACCCUUACUUCCCUGGGCAAGCCAUCGCCAUGGCCCCUCCCAUCUACAAUGAGGUCCUGGAGUAUGACGACGGAACUCCUGCCACCAUGAGCCAGGUUGCAAAGGAUGUGUGUACCUUCCUGAGGUGGGCAGCCGAGCCAGAGCACGACCAGCGCAAACGCAUGGGACUAAAGCUGCUGUUGGGCUCAGCCAUCUUCGUCCCACUGGUCUACUACAUGAAGAGGCACAGGUGGACUGUGCUGAAGAGUAGGAAGAUUGCCUACAGGCCUCCAAAGUAAAACGAAUCAAACACACCCCAACCUGGGCCUAAAACCAACCAGAGAGGCUGCGUUCAAUGACCCCACAAUGUAUUACAGAGUAAACAGACACAACUGGUCAUCACACACAUGCCUUUCUGAGACAGGGUGGGAAACAGUGUAAACUGGUUAUUCCUGCAGAAAAUGCCUUUUAUUUUUGUUUCUGGCAUGAUAGAAGUGAUUGUGACAGAUUUUCCUGUAUCUGACAUGUUUUUGUGAGUGUUUGAUAGAGUUGUGGCUUUAUUGAACGCAGCUUCCACACGUUUCUAUUUGUUUGAUCUGCAUCUACUCAUUGCCGGUGCCAGGUCAUGUCUUGACAUCCUGUAUCAGAUACUUGAUCACCGGAAGAUGCUAGCCCUCAAACUUUGUAACAUCCUGGCAUCUCAGUCCCCCCUAUUGCUCCUCACGGAGCCACUUGGUCAAUCAAAUGCAACGUCCGAACCUUUGUUUUACUGUACAAAAUAAAUUAUCUGAAAGGAAACUGUGGGAAUUUGGUUUGUGUUGGUUUGGCUCCAGGCUUAGACAUAAUUAAACAAGCUCUCUUUGUAGAUUCUAUAUCUACACUUUGUCAUGUAAAUAUUUAAUAAACUGGCAAAAAUGUACAAACA